GCCAAACGGUGAAAACUAGAAAAAGAAUUGCCGGCAAAUUGGCGUUUCCCGCCAUCUCCUAUCAGUUUUAAUCUACUCGAAAUGCCAAACCCAUUUCUUCUAUCCAAACAAACCCAUUACCGAUCAGAUCAUGGACCUCUCUGACAUUGCUAAAAAACUUGGUCUCUCCCAACCCAAGCACCUUCUCCGAAAAGCCGCCGAGCUCCGCCGCCUAAUUGAUGUCCAAUUUGAUUCUUCUAUCAUCGGAGUUGGAGAGAUCUGUAAGGCUAUAAUCUGCUUAGAAAUCGCUGCAACAAGGUUUCAAGUGAUUUUUGAUAGGCAAGCUGGUAUUAGAUUGAGCGGAAUGUCCGAGACGGCUUAUAAUAGAUCUUUCAAUUCGCUUCAAAACAGUCUGGGUGUCAAGUCGAAGCUCGAUAUUAGAGAAUUGGGGAUUCAAUUCGGAUGCGUUAGGCUCAUUCCUUUUGUUAAGAAAGGCUUGUCAUUGUACAAGCAGCGGUUUGUUGCAUCAUUGCCUGCCUCAAGACGAGCAACUGCUGAUUUUACCCGCCCUAUCUUUACUGCAGUUGCCUUCUACUUGUGUGCAAAGAAACACAAGCUCAGGAUAGAUAAGUUUAAGCUGAGUGAAGUUUGUGGCUCUUCUGAUACUGAAUUUAAAAGUGUCACCACCUCCAUGAAGGACAUAUGUCAUGAUGUCUUUGGUAUCUCGAAGGAAAAGAAGGAUCCUAGACAAGUCAAAUGCAACCGAGAACUGCUGGAUGUCUUACCCGAGAAAAGAAAAUUUGAGGAUGGUGGUUAUUUAUCUGAUGAUGGAGCAGAGGUUUCAAAGAAGCGUAAAAGAUCAGAGAAAGCUGGUUAUGAAGAUUGGAAAUCCUCUGUUUUGUCAUCCAAUGAGACUAGUCAGGCAAAAGAUCCUUGCAAGCAAACUAAGCAAAGUCGCCUCAGCUUUUUGAGAGAAACUGCCGAAACUACAGGAUUGGAAGCCUUGUAACACAGGCUAUUCUUUUAUUAUACUAGCCAUUAUUCAGUUGAAUUUUUCUUGAACUAGAAAGCAAAACAAAUUGAGACGUUUAAUACUCAAAAAAAUGAAUCACAGCUAUUCUCUUAUGUUCUAAUCACUUUGUUUGUGUAAAAAGAAUAAUUAUUUGUACAUACUCCAAUAUUCAACCAUUUAACUAUAGUCAAUCUUCAAGAAA